GAAGUAAAAUAAAUCAACAAAAAGAAAAAUUGAAGCCAACUUGAUAAUGCCACGCUGAGGAUUUAAAAAAAAAAAAAAUUUCCAACAAAGGAAUACAAUAAAAUAACUCCAAGCCAGAGGCGUUAUAACGACUAGCUAUACGCUUCAAUUUUCACUACAAGAUGGCAUCCAAAAAGGUGAAAACCCCCCAACCGGAAACGGCCAUUGUUUCCGGCCCUCAGCCCAAGGAAGGAGAAUUGGUUUUUGGCGUCGCGCACAUAUUUGCCUCCUUCAAUGAUACCUUUAUCCACGUCACUGAUUUAAGUGGAAGGGAAACCCUCGUCAGGAUUACAGGUGGAAUGAAAGUCAAGGCUGACAGAGACGAGUCCAGCCCGUACGCAGCCAUGAUGGCAGCACAGGAUGUGGCAGUUCGACUUAAAGAAUUGGGAGUCUCAGCCAUUCACAUCAAGUUAAGAGCCUCAGGAGGUACCAAGUCGAAGACCCCAGGUCCAGGUGCACAGUCAGCCCUAAGAGCACUAGCCCGUUCUGGAUUAAAAAUAGGCAGAAUAGAAGAUGUGACUCCAAUCCCUACCGAUUCCACAAGGAAAAAGUCCGGAAGAAGAGGAAGACGUUUGUAAAGCUGUUUACGUGGUCCCCGGAAAAGGAAGAACCUGCCCCAUCGCGAAGAGGACACAUAUGUGUACGUCCACAUUUGUGUAUGCCGUAUGUAUAUGUACCCGCGCGUAGGGUGAUUAUGCGAUAAUAAGAAAGCGAGCGACGGGGGGAUUAGAGAAAGCCAAACUGGAAAGGAAGAAGAACGGAUGUUGUCUCGCUUUUGUCACGAAGUGGCUGCAGACCAAC